UCUCGGCACAACGUAGUGAUUAUAUUCUCUUUGCUCGGCACAUGUAUACAAUAUACAUGGUAAUCGUUUUAUUCACGGAAGUGUUUUAUUCUUGUUUUAUUGUUAUGUAAAACGUAGAUAUUCCCGUUGUUGGAGUUUGGCGGACACGGCUAUUUGUAGAAAUUGGCGAACACAAUACACAUACAAACGUAGCGGUUGCCGUGAUGGACGUGAUGCAUGCGUGUCGCUGCUGCCUGCUGUGUCCCCCGGACAAAGACCUGACGACGCCGCACACACAUCUCGGCAAGACGGAGAUAUAUGCCGACAUGAUCGAGGAGUGUUUUGAUAUUCAUUUGCAGCUGGCAGUGGGCGGCUCGGGCUCGAGCGGCAUCUGCUCUGCGUGCGUGGGCCGCCUGCGAGACGCGAGCGACUUCAAGCUGCAAGUGCAGCGCAGCCAGGCGGAGCUGCAGGCGCGCACGCAGGGAGCGAGCCACGUCAAAGAGGAAGAUUCUGCAGUCAAGUAUGAAAACUCAGAAAUGCUGGAUACGGAUGAUACAGAUGAGACUUGUGGGCCUGUACCAGGUGAAGAGCCCGCGGUCAAGUCGGAAGCACUGGAUGAAGACACACCUGAUGAGAUAUUGCAGGAAGAGCUCCCAGUCAAGCCGGAGCCGGCGGACGGCGGCGAGGCCGGCGAUGAGAUGUCGCUGUCCGCCCGCGCCAGGGAGCAGCUCGCAAUGGCUUGUUCCGCGGUGCUCGAGCGCCUCCGCGGCGACGCGACUGCUCACAGCGGAGCCAAGCCAUGUGCCUGCGAACACUGUGGCGAACGUUUUAGAAACAAAUCUAUCUUAAAGAAACACAUUCAGCACACACACUUGCCGUCAGCGCCAAAACAGUUUGCUUGUGAUUUUUGUAGUUCUACAUUCCAAACUGAAUUUAAUGUUUUAGAGCAUGAAAAAAUUGAACAUGGUGUCACAAAUUUCAUGUGCGCUCAUUGUGAGUAUACCACAACUUCCAAAAGUAGUUUGCGAGUUCAUGUAAAAAGUCACUGCAGUUCCAAAAGUUUGACUAAAAGUGAUUUACACAAACAUCAAGCAAUACACGCCGUGGAUAAGAAGACACACAAACCAACGCAGCUAAGAAUUAAUACCAGAGUAGAGCCUUAUAAGUGUAGUUAUUGCCACUACAAGUGCAGUGAUAGAUCGACACUAACAAUACAUGAAAGGACACAUACCAGAGAAAAGCCUUUUCAAUGUAGCUACUGUGAUUACAAAUGCAUUCAGGAAUCGGACUUACAAGUACACCAAAUAAUACACACCGGAGAAAAGCCUUACGAAUGUAGCUACUGUCCCUACAGGUGCGGUAAGAGGUCACAACUAAGAAUACAUGAAAGAACGCAUACUGGCGAGAAGCCUUUUCUAUGUAGCCACUGUGAUUACAAAUGCGCUGUGAAAUCAAACUUACAAAGACACAUGAGUAUACACACCGGAGUUCUCCGGUGUGUAUACUCAUGUACGGCUGUUCAGCCGUACGCAUGUAUGCACUGUGACUACAAGUGCAGUGCUAGGUCAACCCUAAGAACACAUAUAAUGACACACACAGGCGAGAAGCCUUAUCAAUGUAGCCACUGUGAUUACAAAUGCAAUCGGAAAUCACUGUUAAAAAUUCACAUGAGAGUACACACCGGAGAAAAGCCUUACAAAUGUAGUCAUUGUGACUUCAAGUGCAGUAAUAGGUCAAACCUAAGAACACACGUAAUGACACAUACUGGCGAGAAGCGUUUUCUAUGUAGCCACUGUGAUUACAAAUGCGCUGUGAAAUCAAACUUACAAAGACACAUGAGUAUACACACCGGAGAACUCCGUACGGCUGUUCAGCCGUAUGCAUGUAUGCACUGUGACUACAAGUGCAGUGCUAGGUCAACCCUAAGAACACAUAUAAUGUCACACACAGGCGAGAAGCCUUAUCAAUGUAGCCACUGUGAUUACAAAUGCAAUCGGAAAUCACUGUUAGAAAUUCACAUUAGAGUACACACCGGAGAAAAGCCUUACAAAUGUAGUCAUUGUGACUUCAAGUGUAGUGAUAGGUCAAACUUAAGAGCACAUGUAAUGAAACAUACUGGCGAGAAGCGUUUUCUAUGUAGCCACUGUGAUUACAAAUGCGCUGUGAAAUCAAACUUACAAAGACACAUGAGUAUACACACCGGCAGUGCAUACAUGCGUAAUACUGUGACUACAAGUGCAGUGCUAGGUCAAUCCUAAGAACACAUAUAAUGACACACACAGGCGAGAAGCCUUAUCAAUGUAGCCACUGUGAUUACAAAUGCAAUCGGAAAUCACUGUUAGAAAUUCACAUGAGAGUACACACCGGAGAAAAGCCUUACAAAUGUAGUCA